UGGUGGAAAAGGUUGUGUAUUUUAACGAUACGUAAAAGUUUUAUGCGUGUUUUGAAAAGUGUGUACAGUGAAAAGUGACGAGCAAAGUGCAAAGAUGUAUAACAAGUGAAGUGAAAGUGUCUGUGAUUGUCACUUUUGAGGAAUUGCGUCUUUUGGAGUAUGGGUGGAUGUUUAUAGGAAGUACUGUGAUGGUGUGAGCGCAUGGGUGGCGGCGCACUGCUGGAGGCGGCGGCGCGGGGUGACGCAGGCCGCGUGGCUAGCUUGAUCCGAGCUGGAGCGCCCGUCGAUGCUACUGACGAGAAUGGCUGCAGCGCCUUGCAGCGCGCGGCGGCCGACGGGCACGUGGACGUGGUCCGCGUGCUGCUGGAGCAGGGCGCAGACCCCAACAAGCAGGACCUCGUGCACGGCAACACAGCAGCGCACGAAGCAGCGUGGAAGGGCUACUCGCGCACCGUGGCCACACUGGCGCGGAGCUGCGACCUGCGCGCGCGCAACGCUGCCGGUUUCGCGCCGCUCCACCUGGCGACGCAGAACGGACACAACCAGUCCGCCAGGGAGAUACUCCUCGCUGGCGCGCCGCCCGACUUGCAGAACAACUAUGGCGAUACAUCCCUGCAUACUGCAGCGCGCUAUGGCCACGCGGGCGUCACUCGUAUCCUCAUCUCAGCGCAAUGCCGCGUCUCCGAGCAGAACAAGAACGGCGACACCGCACUCCACAUAGCGGCCGCCAUGGGCCGCCGAAAACUGACGAGAAUACUCCUCGAAGCCGGCUGCGACAAGUCACUCAAGAACCACCAGGGAGAAACAGCAAGAGACAUCGCCACCAGAAAGGGCUUGGAAGAAAUAAUCAGCAUCCUCAACACGCCAGUCGCCAAACAGUCCAAAAAGAAAGACAAACAUCGAGACAAAAGCAAAGAAAGGACUAUCGAUGAACCGGACGACGCAAAGAAAAGAGACAAAAGCAAAGACAAAAAGAAAAAGAAUGUACAUUUCGAAACCCCCGCCGCGCCUCCAGUUCAGUGGUCACCAUACGGGUGUCACUAUUAUCCAGACCCAAAAUACUUCCCUAAACCCAAGCUAAACUCGCUUCCCACCGAACCCUUGAAAAAAGGCGAGCAGUACUAUUUGGAUUUAGCGGGAAAUAUAAAAAAGGGCCCCAUCGGAGCAGGAUAUACGUGCUACUGUGCCCCAUUCUUCAAACACAUGGAAGAGAAACUCAAUGAGGACAAGAAAGAUCUAAAACGCCAUAUCGAUAGAGCCCAUGAAAAAUUAGAUCAGAAAGUCACAGAUUUAGAAAUGAAAACUCAAGGUCAAAUAUCGGAAUUAACAAGAUUUGUUGCGGCUGAAAGGGCUCUCUGUAAGGAGAGGCAUAAACAUUUAGAGCAAUGGUUGACGAGAGGCAUGAUGUUCAGAGCGUCAGAAAGAGUGAAGAAACUAGACUUCAGUCCAAAAGGAUCACUAGAUAUACCACCGAUAAAAAGAACGAGAAGUCUCGAAAUUUUGGAUGGAGGUAACGAAGAAUGGAACAAUGUGAACAGAAUUAUAAGGAGCUUCAACGAAAACGUGGAGCAGUGUGAAAGCAUAGCCAAAGACCUGGAGUAUAGUGGUAAAGCCACGUCCCAAAGCACUGAGAAUUUGGACAAUAGAUCACCUAGAAGUCCAAGACGGAAACAUAUGCUUAAAAAUUCGAGAAGUAGCGAUCAGCUAGAUGUCGGGCCUAGUCGGUGUUCAAGAUCUCCUCAUACAAUACAUCAUACAAAUUGCAGUCAAGGUACCUCUCCUAACGUCACAGCUGAAAUUCACGUUAAAGCUAAUAAGGUUUCUGUAUCACAAUCCCCGGUAUCAGAUGUUCCUGUUCAUAGUGAAAGAUACAUAUCUCCAUGUAGAAACUCUACAGCCAUAUCCUCUAGUAGUAGUAAUCGACAAUCAGAUUUUAAGUGCCCAGAAGAGCGUACUAUGAUAAAUAGCCAAUUAGAACAACAAAAUGAACAUAUGUGGAAAAGUCAAGUGUUGCAAAGAACGGCUGACGAUAUUCGAAAAAGGGUGAUGCUUGAAAAAGAAAUGUCUGACGCAUUGCCAAGGAAUACAAAAUCUAUGGACAUCUCUCAAGAUGGAUAUAUAAAAUUUUCUAAACAACCAGAUUACAGAGAAGAGUGUAAUAUAGAGAGAGAACCUCGGAGAUCAGUUCAAGAAUUGGUAGCUCAGGUAGAGCACCAACAAAGGCAUAUCUCACCAGAAAGAAUUCCUUUACCGAGAGCAGUAAUUGAGAAAGAGACACCGUUGCCUAUACAACCGAAUCCUGUCCUAAAAAUGCCUCAACAGCCUUUGAGACCUGCACCAAUAUUGAAAGAAAAACCUCCUAAAACUAAAAGGUUUAGCUUACACAACCUCAUACCGUUUCCAACGAGAAAAGCUUUUCAUACUCCGCCAAAGGAAAAUGGUAACAAUUCAGAGAGUAGCGACGAAGAAGACAAUCCUAUAAGAAGUACAAAUCAACCAGGACCAAUGAGGAACACCAAUUUACUGCAAACUCUACCUCUGCCCAACUACGAGUCCAUUUCAAUGAAGUCCCAAUCACCAGCGCCUCAAGUGCAAACACAAAAUUAUCCCCACGAUAUUAGAAUGAUUCCAAAAGACGCAUACUUCCACGAUAUACCUAACAGACAGAUGCAUCAUCAGAUGCCGUAUAGACAGGAAAACGGUCUGCCAUACCCUCACCACCCUUGUCAGAAUCAAUUAGAUUACAAUGAGUCCGGUCUCCCCCAAAAUCAAGUUCAGGCCCGUAACAGAAAUCCUAUACACCACCAUCAAACGGGGGUUUUCAGCGCAAUGAUGCAAGAUCACAUGAUAAGAGAAAUAGAAAGGAUACCCCAUUGUUACAGCGACCACUUGGAUCAGAAUACUGAAGUUGAAAUUGCAAACCAGAACGAUCACUUUCGCGGUAGUUACUACGAUAACCGUCCACCAAUGUACCCGAAUUUUAGACCAAAUCCACAUGCCAUAAGAAAACCGACACCUGAUCAUAGUUUGCUACACAGUAGACUCCAAUCUUUAGCUAUAAACACCCAUUUGACUGAAACUCAGAGUCAAACGGACAGGGAGUCUCAUAAUGAUUCAGGAUACAGUACAAAGGUUUAUGGUAGUUCCCAAGGGCCGUCGCCAAGUCUGUCUGGUCAUGUGGAUGAUAACUUGUCAGGCCAAAUGGUCAGUAUUCUGCCCAACAAUAAAGAAGCUAGUGGACAAAUGGGAGCAUCGAGCUUAGUGUAGCAUGAGUAAUCUUUCAUUUGAAAUACUUUGAUAUAAAUUUUCUAAAGAGGUUAUUUUAGCGUUUAAACUAUCAUGAGUGAUUUUUUCCAUUAUAACUUAUAAGUACCUAAGUAUAGAUUGUUACGACUAUACUCACGUAACUAUUUAGUCGGUGUAA